AUGGCAAUUAGAACAAGGAUGAGGACUUUGGUAGCCUUGACAUGGAUCCCAAAGUCUAUGGCUGCCAUGUAUGUUGCUCUUGGAGCUGGGACUGUGCAGCUUGUUCUGAGGCUUUGCUCUGGCGUGGGUCAAGGUGGCAUCGACGCCUUGGCUUCCUUCCCUGUAAGCCUCACCUCCUUACACUUGAACUUUAGCUGCAACUCCGAGAUUAGGAGCUUGGCAAGCAUUUGCCAAAGCAUCAGAGGAUUGGCGCAAAGUUCCUUGAAGCUGUUGGACUUGGAUGUAUCUGCAGUGGAGAAGAUCAAUGACAAGAGCUUGAUUUUGUUGGCGGAAACGUUGGAGCUCAGCAGAUUGAGAAACAUAUUCUUGUCAUUCCGUUCAUGCAGAGCCCUGAGUGAUGUGGGGGUAGAAGCAGUUGCUGGCGCACUCCCCCCCCAGUGUCACACUCCUCAAGCUGGAUUUUGCAGACUGUGA